AUAUAAGCAAUAUAUAUUAUAUAGUGUAGUUAAUUAGCCAUGGGUGCAUCUCGGAUCAGCCAAGUGAUAUUGGUUUCGUUAAUAGUAGCUCUUGUGGCUCGAACCCAUGGUCAAACAUGUCCCAACCAACUCGGUACUCUGAACGUGUGUGCACCCUUUGUGGUGCCUGGUUCCACAGACGCGACCCCUAGCUCAGAGUGUUGUUUGGCUCUUCAGUCAGUUGAUCGUGAUUGUCUUUGUAACACCGUUCGUAUUGCAACUACUCUCCCUACGCAAUGCAACUUUCCGGUUACUUGCGGAAAUUGAAGUGGAUACGAAGGGAGGAGAGGGGGCAAGAGGCCAAGAGUUGGUUAUCAGCUAAUUUCACUUGAGUUUUUUUAAUUUGUUUUUGGUUUGUCGUUUGUAAGUUGAAAAUGGGAGAAUUAGUCAAGCAAUGGAGGAAAUUAACUAAUUUAGUGUAUAAUGGCCCAAAAAGCAAAACCAACUAUGAAUAAAAAAAUGUUAUGGUUUGUUUUA